CUCCGUGACCCUGUGUAGGAUAAGCAGUACAGAGAAUGGAUGGAUGGAUGCUCUUGCGAACAAUUUACAAAUAAAUUUGUUUGUAUCCAGAGGCCUGGUGUAUGAUAAUGUGUCUGCAAUUCAGCCUUUCCAAUAAUAAUAGUACUAACCUGACAGAUUGUUGGAGUGGAUUAAUUCACAGUUGUGUGUAUAUGUGUAUGUGUGUGAUCAAGCCAGUAAGAUCUGUCUUGCCAAGUUCUCGUUAAUCACAGAGUUGCCAUGGUAACUUUUCACUACAGUUUCUUAGCACGUUCAAGCCAACAACAACUAACCAGGAACCUGUUGCAAUGUUUGAGAAGAUGCAUAAAACCAGAUUGAUUGGAAUCGAUUUUUUGGCACAACCCAGAUUCAUUCCUUAUUCUAAACUGAUUUAUGAGCUAAAACAAUAAAACUGUUUUGCCUGGAUUAUUUGUGAUAAACAGAAAUUCAUCAGAUGAGUAUCAAAAUCAAACUGGGUGGAUUGGAUUUUCUCAUUCUUUAUAUAACUGACGUAUAACUGAGUUGUGGUAGGUUAUAAAUUGUAUUUUGUUAUAUUAUAAUAUACAAAUUUAAUAUGGCAUAAAAAAAAUGUGGUUUUCUGUCAUUUCUUUCCAUGAGAGUUCUCUGAAAAAUGAAAUACCGUGACAAACAGCUCCAUUUUUGACAGCAAUUUUGCCCAUUGACACUGAAUAAUGAGAACAAAUCACCAUCAUUAGAGAGAGAGAGAUGUGUGUUCAUGGCUCCAGCCUUGAAGCCUGCGUUAGUGCACACUGUAGAGUGGCUAAAUAGCGAGCCUGCUGAUGUCAUCGGGAGUAGCUCUGUUGGAAAUAAGAAAUAUUCCUUUAAAUCAUCUUCACUAGAUCUCCUGAGAGACAGCGUGUGUGGUUCACUGGUGGAACGUUUUGCAGACAGAAUCAUGUCAGAAUACAGCUCUUUGCUGAGCGACCUGUGUGAGAACAUCACUAACGAGGAUCUGGAGCAGCUGAAGUCGGCCUGCAAGGAGGACAUCCCUGAAGACCAGAGCAACUCCAUCACCUCCUCCAAAGAGUGGUUCAGUUACCUGGAAAAAAAUGAUAAGCUAGCUCAGGAUAACCUCUCCUACAUCGAGCACAUCUUUGAGAUCUCGCGAAGGCCUGAUCUUUUGACCCGGGUCAUCGAGUACCGUACGACAGUGCUGAAGAUCUCAGAAGAUGAUGAAAUUGACACCAAACUAACACGAAUCCCAUCGGCCAAGAAGUACAAGGAUAUCAUUCGCCAGCCUUCAGAAGAUGAAAUUAUCAAGUUGGCCCCUCCCCCCAAGAAAGUCUGAGGUUGAAGUUUGUGACCUUUCUUCUCUGUCCAUGGCACGCCACCUUGUCAAAUUGUCUUCAGCUCCUAUCUCUAAGCCCCGCCUUGUCCCACUCGCUCACCACAAGCCGCCACCCGAAACAGCUAAACAGCCAAUUGGAUUGACAAAUGCUUCAAAGCCACAUUCUGAACCCUGGAGGCUCGAGAAGUUUUGAAAUCCGGAAGAAGGUGAAAGAAGGAGUAAGAGAAGGAAAGAUGGAAUGGACCAAUAGUUAGUGUUUGCCAUGAGUGUCGCUGAGAUUGUGUUUCCUGCUAUGGGAAAUUGUUGUCAGUGAGUAUGUAAGCCCAUGUGGUUUAGAAGUGAAUGUGUGUGUGUGAAUGGAAGAGAAUUUAUAUUCUGACCAUAGAAAUGUUGAAUGCAACAGUGUAGUCCAAGCAGCCCGUGUAACCGAGACCUCUUCACAUAUCUAAUAUGGUGAUAAAUCUUCCAGCCUGUUUCGUUUACUCUUUGCUACUCUGAGUAAUAGUGUAAGUACAGUUCACCUGGCUGUAGAUUCCCUUUAAAAUUCACAAGUUAACAACCUGCAAAAAUGUUUAGAAUUUAGUGAGAAUUUAGUGUCAUUAAUUAUUUGAUAAUUGCAAAGCCAACAUUUGCCUUCCGUAGAGACACAUUACGUGUGUACGUGAUUAGAUCUGUUUAAAUUUAAAUUAUUUUUUAUUAUUUCUUUUGUUUAUUUAUCCUAAGCAUUGUAAUGAAUCAUUUUAUGAAGUAUGAUGAAUAGCUUAUAUCGCAUAUCAAACAUAUCACGAGGGUCACGUUUUCAAGAGUGUUUCUUUGAUAUCGAUAAGAACGCCCAUAUUAAAGAUGUACUUCAUUAGCAUACAUAUUGGGAUUUUAGGUUUAAAUACCUCAAACAUAAACAGUGUUUGUGAUCGGCGAUUAAACAGUGACCGAAAAGGCAUCCAUGUGAUUUUAUUGGCUUAAUGCUCAUAAAAUGACGACUUUUGCACAAGCACAGGGCUUGUUAGGGCUUAAUAUAAUGUUGAGUCAGUAUAUUAUUUUGAAUCAUAAACUGUGAAUGAAUUAUUUGUGCUUCUCAGUAUACUAUACAUUUGCAUAAAAAUUUCAUAAGAUGCAUAAUUAGAAAUCUGCGAAAUGAUGGACGUUAGCAUUACAAUUAACAAUGUGAUUAUUCAGUAUUAUAUAAUUAUCGUACUACAAUAAACAAGCACCGACCCCAGUUGGGGUAACAGGGGUGGACAAAUCACAAGCUAGUCCACCAGUGAAGUGGAAGCACUAAUGUGGUGCCCAGCCCCAUGUUUCUGUGUUUUUGGUAAACCUACCUGACUAGGCUAAAAAAAUGGUAGCUAAUGUAAUGUAAUAACAUAUGGCCAGCUAGUUAAGUACAUUAAUACAGAUUAAUGUGUAUGAAUUGAAACUGUAGCCAUAAUCCUGAUCAGCUAGUCAUUGGCGAAUGUUGUCUAUAAGCUGUAGUGUUGAUUUGAGUCUGAUGUCUUUAUUUUCUCUCAGUAAGUUUAGCUGUAAGGUGACUGCUGUCAACCAGAUUGCCUCGGCUAAUGUGUGUAAUGCAGUAGGCAACCAGAUUCAAGGUGUCACUUGAAAAUCAAAUGAAAACUUUUGUUUUGCGAAAGUCAGUAAGUAGUAAGGUUUUAUUUUCUUUCUUUGGUUGUUUAACCUAUUUGCCUGCAAGGCAAGAAAGGAAAACAAACAAACAAAUAUUCCAGACACAAAAUCUGCUUGCCUUGGGCUAGUGAUUCGUCCACCUCUCGUUAAAAUGGUUGCUAAUGAGUUAUAGCUAUGUGGAGCUAAUGAGUUACAUCAAUAAUAUCACCAAAAUAAAAAAUCCUAACAAAAAAAAAAAUAGGGUUCCAGCACUGUUGGUGCUUGGACCCCUAAUAAACUGUCAAAUAGAGUACAGGAAGCUGAAACUGUCUCUGAAAUGAAUCGGUAUUACUGAAUUACUGUACUUAUAUCAAAAACAUUUCCAAGUGCAUCUUCUUCCUCCAAGCCAUCAUAUAAUAUUGCCCAGUUGCAGAAAGACUGUUGAUUUAAAAUCCAAUAUUAGCUAGAUCACUGUGUCUCUUUUGCCCAGCCUCAACAGACUGUUGCUUUUGCUAUGCUAAAUACCAGUAUGCAUUCAUAUGACAUUAAGUGCUAGAAUAAUUGCUGAGUAAAUAAUGUGUUUUUGUGUAUAUGCGUUUGUGAUGUUCUUUUUACAGCUAGUGUUAAAUGUCAGCACUUGCAGGGUAUAUGUGGUCCCCAGAAACCCUUGGACCUAAACUCGGUUUGUGCAACAACGACAAAGUCCAAUUUAUACCUAUCCUCUCCUCUCCUUGUGCCAACAAACAAAAUGUAUUUUUGGAUUGGAUAACUUGUAGUAAACCUUUGUGUUUUGGUUUAUAUUGCUAGCUAUUUUCAUGUGAUGUUGUCUGACAAAUUGUAGGUAUCAUAAGAAGUUGAAUUUCGCCUUUAGAAUUCUCCAGUUCGAAUGUGAUCAACUUGAUCCACAAUAUCUUCGAAGUUGGAUGUUAAUUGGUUAUGUAGUAUUAUGCAUUGUUGAAAGUAGCGUCUUUGUUUCUAUGAAGUACUUUGGGUCAAACCGUUUGUAUCCUUGGUUGCCAAGUCUAACAGGUGGAGUAAUAGAAAUGUUUAAAGAUUCAUAACUUGAUGCCUUCUGAUAACAAAUACCUGGUAGAUCUGUGAACACGUAUCACAAUACAAAAUUUGUGAAGGACCAGUUUCAUAAAAUUCGUUUCUUACAAAGGGCUGGAUGACUGAAUGGCACCAACAAUUACAUUGAAUGCUUAACCAUUAAUUUAGUUCAUGGAUAAAAAUAAGACAAUUUGAAUAAAAUGUUUUGUUUCACAGUGGGGAAACACAUUAACAUUACCACUUUUGACUAGUGCCACAGACUCACAUGAGAUACAUCGGUUUUGAAGUAACUGUUUAUUCUUCCUUCAUCAAAUUCAAAAUAGAUGCUUCUCCAGACCUUUGUAAGCAAAUGAUCUUUUCAACAUUGGAUCGGAUUGAGAAUAAGCUUUUUUUUAAGGAUUGUGAAGAAUAGUCUGCAUUACAAAUGACCAAGAAAAUAGCUACCGAGUUCAGUCUGAGGGUUGGAGAUUUUAGUUGUUUUACUGUUUUCCAGCUAUGUAUGUAAGUUUCAAUGUUUGUGACCGUGUGACUUUGAUAGUUUUCGCUGUUUAAUCUUCAAUUGGGUAGUUUAAGAAGUCUGAAUCUUUGCACAUAUAAGCCAAUUCGCAUAAUGUUGUGCACUGCCAAUUUACUAUUAUUCAUUUGGUUUAUUUGCUUUAAAAACAGUGUAAUGUUCUGCUUAUUACCCAGUGUGAAAGUAAAUCUAGACUUUGUCCUA